AUGCCAUCUAAGAACAAAAAGUUGCAUGAUAUGCAAAAACUUCUAAAUAUAAAAAUAUGUACUUUUUCACAAAUCAGUGAUACUAGGUGGGUUUGUCGCCAUAAAAACUGCAAGGCAGUUAUAGACAACUUUAAAUCAAUUAUAAAUAUUUUAAAUAAAGAAGUUGAAGAUAAUAACGACAGAGAUGUCUCAAGAGCGAUUGGUAUUCUUUCAUGUGUGCAAAAAGGAUCAUUUAUUAUACACCUUCAUUUUAUUAGCUAUGUUUUAAAUAUAAUCAAUAUUCUUAGCAAACAAUUACAAAACGACAGUGGGACCCUUGGUCAAGCAGCCAGUUUAAUAAAUGCAGUCAUAAAAACUUUUGAAGAUAGUCGAAAUCAGAGUAAAAUAUAUAUGACAAUUUGGGAAACUAUAGUAACAUUUGCUCAACAACAUAAUAUAGAAUUAGAAGUCCCCAAUAAAAUAUCUAAACGGAAAAGAACAGAGCCUGAAUUUCUGAAAAAUUUUGUUGUAACUACAACAACUGCAGCUGAACACGAGGACUCUAAUAAUGAAACUAAUUUAAUUGAUUACUGGAAAGUACAUGCUUACUAUCCAAUAAUAGACGAGGUUGUAAAUAAUCUGAAGACAAGAUUUUCUGCGGAGAGUUUGAAUUUGGCAAUUUCUAUUGAUCACUUUUUCAAUCUGGACUAUGAAAAAAGUUCAUUUUUUAUUCAACAAUAUAAGGAUUUACUGAAAGUUGAUUUGAAUUCACUUCAAGCUGAAAUGAUGGUUGCCAAAAACUGUAUUCAAAACUAUAAUAAUAAACCUGAACCGGGACCUGAACAAAAAAAUCAAAUAAAUUUAUUCAAAAAAAAUAUAACUAUUUCAACUUUUCCUAAUGUAUAUAAACUUUUAAAUUUAGCUCUGACCUUACCAAUUUCUUCAGCAUCAUGUGAGAGGUCAUUUUCGACAAUGAGACGUAUCAACACAUAUAUACGGUCAACUAUGACUCAAGACCGUUUUUCCUCACUGGCAAUACUAAAUAUUGAAAGAGAUAUUUCAAAUAAUAUUGAUUCUAAUGAUAUAUUAAAUAUCUAUUCAAAAACUAAUAGACGCUUGGAAUUAUAG